AUGACUUCGUUCCUCUCUACGGCCCUGGCGAGUGGAGGCCACACUUUCCCCAGCCGUGCCGUUCUCUCCUAGACCUCGUCCCACCGCUAACUCCCGUUUCUUUCAUUCCUUUCUCUUUUCUUUUCCCCAAGACAACCCUUAGGAGAUCGCCAAAGACUCCUCUCUCUUCUUUCCUUUGCUCUCGGCAAGAAAGUUGAAGUUGAAGCUGAAGCUUUGUUGUUGGGGACUUCGCAGAGGAGACGAGGAGAUGCACGACUUCUGCUUCACGAUCCCGUACGGGCUCCUGAUCCUGGUGGGAGGGCUCGUGGGCUACGCGCGGAGGGGAAGCACCGCCUCGCUGGCCGGCGGCGCUGGCUCCGGCCUCCUCCUCCUCCUCGCCGGCUUCGUCAGCCUUAAGGCCUUCGAGAAGCGCCGCAACUCCUCCCUCGCCCUGAUCCUUGAGACAGUUUGUGCCCUUAUAUUAGCAUAUGUUAUGGGGCAAAGAUACCUUGAAACAUUCAAGAUAAUGCCAGCUGGGGUAGUUGCUGCUCUCAGGUGUCUCAUAGGUGCUAUCCACUGGUCGGGCUCUGCUACCACUUAUUUGAAUAAUUAUAUACGUAUGCACACGUGCACAUAUUGGCUAACGGAUUAUAUCCUCUUUUAUAACACUUAUGUAAGACAUCGAUAUAUGGGAAACAUACAUUGACAUAAAAAAAAAAAAAAAUCCAUAGGGAAUUACUGAGAUUUAGCUUCUCAAGCUACGUAUGCACGGGGUUUCUCUUUGAAAAUUGAUUAUUGAAUAUUUCAUACUUAAUAGUAAAACUAGGCAGAGAAUGUAUGGCUGUUGACGGUAUUGUCAUUGUAAAGGUUGGUGUCAAAUAGAAGUUUUGGAGGUGCAUUUUGGUUAACUUAAUAAUGUAGGAGUCUUCUGUAAUUAAAAAUAUAUAUGGAGAAUAUGGUCAAAUAAAAAAUAAUGUCUUUUUACACAGACAUGCUCCUAUAAACAUCAAAUGGUGAAACAUCUUAGGACUUUCCUAGCAACUUAAGAUUUAAGUUUGGUGUUUUCUCAAGAAAACGAUAUGUGCUUCGUGUCAGCCUCCUCACUGUCUCAGUGUUGAGAUGGUAACUUAGAAGUUACUAACUAGAAUUAAUGGUCUUGUUGAAUCCAUAUAAGGAGCUGCAAAAGUUUGAUGUGGAGUAAACUAGAAUCUUUUUCCUUUCUCUUUUUAGUUUUCCUUCCUUGGUACGUUGGUUCUUUCUUUCUUUUUUCUUGGUUAACGGGAACCCAAUAAAACAAAUACUGCAGGAUCUGUUGAAACAUUAUAGUUAAUAGUUGACAUUCACUGAUUCAACCUAUAAAUCUUGUUCUAAGAAACUAAUGAUUCUGCAAAUUUAAAACUAUCCUGAUAUGCUACUGUGAAACUGGAACAUAAAUUAAUGUAUCCCUACUUCUUAACUUUGGGCAAGCUUACCCUUUCCUGGCAUCAAACUAAAUUAAACUUGACAUCAAACUACAGUACUACAGAAAUUGAUUCAUGUACCUGACACUAAUGAAGAAGUCAAAAUUAAGCAGAAUUUUGUUUGAAAUUCUUUUCCUGUGAGCUAAGAAACGGCAACCAGUUUUCACGGAGCAAGCCUACUUGUUUGUCUCCACACUUUAAUUUACUGUUGGCCUUCUCCUGACAGGUGUAUCUUUUGCUUCAUAAACUUUUGGAUAAGCAUGAAAAAUAUAGUUUUUUUGAAGGGUUAUUUGUUCUCCUUUUUUUUCUAUUAGCAUCAUGUGAUCAUGCUUUAUGUUUCAUGUUGUGUUAAUAACACAAUUUGUCGCAUUUAUAUGUCACAUCCUGAACAUUGUGUUCCC